AUGGCAAUAUAUGGAGAUUGCCUUUUACACCCCCAGCCUCCGGAAACUCAGAGUGGAGGAUCGGCCAGCAGGAAGUCGGAGUUGUCGCUGGUAGACCCUCCCCUUAUGAGGCAGAAAUCGGGCACGUCAGUUGCGCGAUCGAGCGUAAACGGGGAUGUGGGCCACUCAGGACUUCAAUUUUCGCACGACCGGAGUUCCCUUCGGUCGAAGAGUAGAGCUCAAUCAGUGGGGGUGAGCAUCGGGACUCAAUCUAAUAACGUUUUCCGUGCUGCGAGGACAAUACCAGCAUGGGUGCGAAUUCCGAAUGAAACCACUGGCCUACCGGCCCAUUCCCAUUUGGCUUCCCCAGAACUUGCAGGUGUCCGAAUCGCCCAACACCACUACGUUCCUCGCGGAAAACAGCAAACUUCAUAUACGAACUCUGGCUACACCAGCAAAGGCCCACGGGAAUCAAGAUGGAAAACAUUUGCGAAAGCUAAUGCAUACCCGCGGCCGUCUACAGAUAUGGAGGAGAAACUUGUUGAUCACGACUGGCUAGACGAAAACAUUGGAGAUUAUUCGGGCCCCUGGCUGGGCCAUAGUACCAAUGUAAAAGACCUAGAAAGUGGUCAGCAGGAUUCCAAACAGCGGAAGGUAAAGCGGUUGAGUAAGGUCCAGUCGAAGAUCCUCCGAAGUCCCAUUGUUCCUCUUUUAAUCCGCCUUACUGUUUUUAUCUUUUCGGUCGUCGCCCUAGCUCUAGGUGGUUCAAUCCAUUCCUAUGCCACAAAAUAUGGUCACUCGCAAGGCCCCUCUCCAGAUUUGGCGAUUAUAGUAGAUUCUAUAGCUCUUGUCUAUCUAGUAUAUAUUACUUAUGACGAAUACACUGGAAAACCUUUAGGGCUCCGGCCUGCCAAGGCUAAGCUGCGGCUUAUAUUCCUGGACCUGAUCUUCAUCGUCUUUGCGUCGGCCAAUCUCAGUCUGGCGUUUGAAAGUUUGUCAGAUAUCCAGAGCUCUUGUGGAUCCGGGGAGAUUGACGGAAAAUUUGACCCAACAAACUCAAGUAUCUGCAAUCUGCAGAAGGCGUUGGCUGCCGUAUUGCUGAUUGUACUGGUAGCAUGGCUUACGACCUUCGCCAUUAGUGUUCUAAGGGUUGUGGAGCGAGUAACGGGCAAGUAA